AUGCUCACUCGACCUGCGGCUGUGGCAUUGAGCUGCCGCCAGUGCCAAUCCGCCAUUAUUCGUGCUGUUGUUUCAAGGCCAGCCACAAGCUCUUUUCGCAGCUUGCCACAGACCACUUCACGACGGCUUCCUCUAGCGACACUAGCGACAAGGUUCUACUCGGAUGUUAAAGUGAACGAGACGAUAAUCGAAAAAGAGUCUUCGACCCCGGUUCCUCCAAGCGACGCUCUCAAUUCGGAACUUGACGCUGCAGAAGAGGCCGAAGAUCCUGAAGAUGUUCCCUGGUUUCUUGAGGUUGAACCCCCGCGACAUCCCGAGAAUCAACAUGCCGUCCAAUUACCAAAGAUACCCGAAGGUGCACCUGAAGUCCUGGAACCAAUGGUGAAAUACAUCUUCGAAGACAUGGGACUAGACGAGAUUUCUAUGCUGGACAUGCGCGACCUUGAUCCUCCAGCUGCUCUUGGUCCCAAUUUGAUCAUGCUUUUUGCGACAGCUCGAAGUGAAAGACAUCUUCACAUUGCGUCCGGGCGUUUUGUACGAUGGCUUCGAAAAAAUCACAACAUAUCUGCAAGAGCCGAUGGAUUGAUUGGGCCUGGUGAAUUAAGGACUAAACUCCGUCGACUUCGGAAAAAGGCCAAGCUCAUGGGUACCAAUACUGCUAUUAUUCCUGGUGGCGACAAUGGUAUCUCGACAGGAUGGGUCUGCGUGAACUUUUCCUCCAACAGUGACAACGUCGAUGAAGCUGCCAAGGUAGAUGAUAGUGGCCGCUUCUCUGGUUUUGGUGCUCCCCAAACAGGCACCACCGUGGUUAUCCAAUGUAUGACGGAAUCCCGGCGUGCAGAGCUUGACCUCGAGAGUCUAUGGCAGACUGUUCUAAAGAAGAGUUUACGUGAAAAUAAGCAAGCUCGCGGUGAGAAGAUCAACAGCCCUGAGGAACUCGAUGAACUUCUAGCCACCAAGGUUCAGCUCCCCAAGUCAGAGUCUGCCCAACAAUGGCAGGCCCUACAAAAGGCGUCCCAACAACAACGACGUGCCUACACUACGAGCGCUCGGCGGCUUUCACCAGAGCCUUCACAUAAUACUCACACUUCUCCCGCCGUACCAGACGGACUCGUUGACCUCCAAGACCACUCACCGCAAACGACCCCGGAUCUGGAACAGGUCCGUAAGCGCUUUGAGCACAUCCAGCUGGUCGGGUUGCCCCUUGAUCAGGACCAAAUCUAUCAGUUCGUCCGCGAUGCUAUGAUAGCGCCUGCAGUUGAGCCUGCUUCCGGGCCACGGCUCACUCUUGUCGAUCAGAUCCUACUAACGGCCGAGGAGCGAGGCAUGAUCAUCUGGACAGAUAAAAUGUUCUUCACGCUUAUCGAGGGAGGUCUCUUAUCGCCGUCAUUUGGACAACCUCAGCUUGCGCGUGCUCAGAAGAACCUCGAAACACUUAUGGUGCAGAAGGACUGCGGAUUCAACAACGGUCAAACGAGCAGGCUGCUGUCUGCCUACGCGAAACGAGGGGACUGGCCCCGAUUCUGGGACAUAUUCCGCAGACCAUCUCUCUUCAAGAAAAACAGGAGCUCAGAUGUCUACAAAACGGUCUACGAGGAGAUGGCACGUACCGGCAACCAGGUCUUUUGCAUCGAUAAUCUACAUUGGGUGUAUGAUGAGAUGAUCAACGAGCCUCAGCCCUUACCCAUGUUUGGCCCACUGUACAAUUCGCUCAAGGCGUGCAUCAGGGUCGCUGAUCCAGCGGCUGCAAAACUCCUGGAAGCAAGUCCUGGAGAUAUUCCCGUACGGUCACAUUAUGGCAGGCAGAGGUUGGCGAACAGACAGUAUCUCAGGAUGUUAAGGGAGGUUGAGGCUCUGCAUACUGAGACUUCUGCGUACUUUGCCAGGCAGAGAAUGUAUCAGGGCAUGAAUGCAUCUAAGGAACUGAAUUUCACUGAGGAAGAAUAG